GUGACCGUCUCGCGCCAACUGCUGCCCAGCUAUCUGCGAUCUGCACCGCUCUACGAGAACCGCGGAAGCCGUGCUCUUUGCGAGUGUGGAACGCGGCGGUUUCAAACAUUUGGCGUCUUCGCUAGUGUGCUGUGCGUGCGUGUGCCCAGGAAGGGAGUGCAUAAUAUCGUCGCGUCCAGCAUGCUGGCACUGGAAGUGGUGUCGAGCGCGCGAACGACGCUCCACGCUUGGGCAACGCCUGUGGUCGCUCGGGCGGCGGGAGUUCCGAAGGUUCGUCGAUUCACCGCAGGAUGCCGCUGCAUGGCUUCUCAGCCUCGCGCCCGACCGGCGCCUGCCGCCCGGUCAUCCAGCGCGCACUGCAGCCGUUGGCCGUGGCAGCUGCUGCGACCAGCGCAAGAGGCGCCGGUGAUGCCCAGUCGACCGACCAGCGCCGUGCUCCGCCGCUGGGCGCACACCACGAGCUCGCUGCGAGACGACGACGAUGCGGCGGGCAGCGGUGGCUCCGUGCUGCAGGAGAACAAGUGGCCCUACCGCGAUCGCAACAUCACCGUCACCACCUGCGCCGACCUGUACAAGUCGUGGCGGGGCACUCGCCGCGGCUACUCCAGCGCGCCAGCCAACGGCCUUCCGGUUCCAGUCUCCUUCGUGCACACGGGUAUGGACCGCUCGGAGCGCGCGGGUCCCACGCCGGCCGCCCAGACCGAAGACAGGCCCAGCCGUAGGCCCGUGGUAGUCAUCCUGACCGGCGCCCCAGGGAGCUACACCGAUUUCGCGCACCUCAUCCCCUUCCUGGACCGGCAUGAUGUCGACGUCGUCGCUCCGGCGUGGCCAGACCUGGCCUUCAGCCGCCAGUCUGGAUGCUGGUGGCACUCGAGCGAGGAGAAAACCAACCUCGCCCUCGAUUUCCUCAGGGCUGUCGGCGUCUCGGAGGCCGACAUGUUGGUGGCUCACAGCAGCGGCGCCUACCCUGCUAUGCGCCUCAUCUGCCGCAAGGACGGCCUCAAGGUCAAGAGUCUGACUCUGCUCGCACCAGCAGGCUACAGCCAGAUCAACGUGAUGCGGCCAGGAUGGUUCACCACCCUGCUGAGUCGCCUGUACCAGCAGCCGUUGACGCAGCGUAUGGUGAAUGCCAUGGCCCUCGCCUUCUUGGUCGCCACGCGCCAUCCGCUGCGCCGGGACGUCGACAACGUGUUGUUGGCCAUGAAGGCCAUGUUGUACGCCGACAAGGCACAGUUCAAGAAGGACGCCGAGGAAGUGGCGGCGCGCAAGCUGCCCGUCCUGGUGGCCAUCAGCGACAAUGACAAGCUUAUCGACCUACCCGUUAGCCUCGAGACUGUCGGCAUCCUCGGCGGCUCGCCGGAGAGCACCUGGUACUACGACCAAGAGAAGAGGCUCAAAAAGCGCGGAAACGGAAAUGGCCCCGUCAAGACCCUACGCUUUGAGAAGGGCACACACUACCUCUUCACCCGCUGCGCCGACGUCAUCAACGAGGAGAUCCUCGAUUUGCUGAAGAGAACCUCCAAGCUAUGACGCUAUGACGAUGGUUUAACGAGAUGCGAUAUUUUUUGCUACCCUUCUAUCUGGGGAUAGACACUCAUUUCACGUUGUCUGGUGCACUGUUUGGUGAUCUUUAUCGAUUUCCAUGAAUGACCUACGCCUCAUCACCCAUCUUGUCUCUUGUAUCGCAGCCCGUCGAGAAUCCGCGAAAUUCCAAUCAGCAUACGUAAUACUUAUGCACCGAUAACUGGCCAACAAUUAUAGAUUAUUUGAGCAGUGACGUGCCCGCAUGCGACGAUCAAAUUUUUCUCUCACAUUUAGCAGGUAGACUGAAGAUGCUAUUCGAACACGAGAUACAAUACGCGGUAAAGCGAAAAACGGGAGACAAUCACUUCUCGCUUCGUUCUGUGUAUGAUAACUUGGGACCAUCUUGCUGUAUAGCGAUGUCGCGUAGUCGCGAUGGAUAAAAGUUUGAAUGUUUAACCACGAUGUCUAGACUAUCUUAUAAGCGGUUUUUCACUGGUGUGUUCGGGUAAUGGCCAUAUACGAAGAGACAGACUUGUUUAAGGCGCAAAAUGAUCACGUAAUCGGGAAAAGCAGCGAGACGACAUGAGCCAUUCUGCCGACAUGAGCGGGCGCCAACUGUGCACAGCGUAGCGGAAUUGAACCUCACGCGACAUAUUUCCCGACAAGGUCGUUCAGAAACCCUCGGCGUGAAGAAAGAGCAAAUAUCAGAUGAGAACCACGUGCAAACAAUAAUGUAAUAAAUAUUGAUGUGCACCAAUGCAUGAACCCUCCGGAGGCGUGCGAGAGCUAGGCAGAAAGAAUGCACAUCUUCGGCGUAUCUUCAAAAACCAUGCAUGCUGCUCGAUUUUAUCAGAACAAAUGUUGUGUUGUGAACGACGAAAAAUAAAAAAAAGAAGACGUGAUAAAUACGACGCGCAGACUUAUGAAGUACAAGUGUGUCUUGUUUUGUCGGUCUGUCACUUACUAUAGAUCCUCGAAUGACUAUGCCUAUACUUACGCUGGUCCUUGUGGACGGCUAACGCAAGCGCAGGGGCAUGUGUUCACCGAGUGCGGCAGUGUAGUAAGCAGCAGGGCAGUACAGUGGAAUGAGGUGUCAUGCAGCUUGCGUGGAGGAUUACCGAUAUAUAAUAUCAAAUGUAUAAUGCGUAUCCGCUUAGCGGCCCAAUUACUGUUCGUUUAUAAAGCAUCGUUAAUGAAAGCGCAUGUGAUCAUUCCCACAUACAUGCACCAAAAUCCAUCCAGGCGUUGCUCACACGCCGAACCACGCGUGCCUAUACCCCGCGGUGCACUCUACUGCUCCUUUCUUGCCUCCUAUAUACAUAUAAAAAUAAAAUCUAUUCCCUUACACUACCGAACUUUCUGUGUUGUGGCCGAUCUCCGUCAGAUAGAGUAGUUGAUCCGCUGGAGAUACAGCCACACAACCAACCUGUACUUUGUAGAGGAACAGCAACUGGAGUGGUUCCUGCAGUACCCAGGGAUCCAGGACUGGCGUGAGCGGGUGCAUCGGGCACGGGACAAGGUUACUUUACAGUCGCGCGUGAUAUGAACGUUAUCGAAUGAGCGUCGACUCCCUAAUUGCCCAGGAGCCUAGCGGCACGUUUAGGAACUGCGAAAAUCCAGAUGGUACAUUCUUCUCUCGUUCGAUGGCUGUUCGAUGCUACAGCAAUCGCUGAUACAACGAACUCUACAACCUUUCUAUUUUGAGCCUUCCAUUCGUUGCGAUCAACUUUUUUUUUCGUAAGCUGUUGUCUCCGCAGAUGAUUAUAAAAUGACUGGAAAGAAUGUGUUAAAGCUGGUGCUUGGCACUGCUUCGUUUAAUCAGCUUUAUAAGACGGGAGUGAUCGCUGCUUAGGGAACAGCAAAAAGAGUGAGUCAAGCCUUCGUGAUACCACCCUCUCCUCGAAAAAAGUAUGCUAGGAAGUGGCGCUGUUGUAGUUUUUCGUCGACGCUCGCGCGAUAACCUUCAUAUCGCACGUGAGUGUACAGCUCGAGACCGUCCACAUUUGGGGGGGCGGGAGUGGGGGGGGGGGGGGGGGGGGGGGGGGACUUUGCUUUCUCUCGAACGAACGUUUAUAUCCUGUCUUUGUAGUUGGCUGCAGAGUUUAUCGUCUCGUGUGCCUGCACUGUUUCCCCACGCUGCUAAUGCUGCACGAAAACUCUGUGACGUCAAGGCCUGCCGCUGACGAAUUCUUGCCGUGACUUUGAUAUACGCCUCUUCAGGCGAAGAAAGAAGCGCACAGACUUGGAACGAGAGAUCCAAGGGAAUCAAAUAUAAUGGCUGUUUACAGUUGAAUAAAGUCUGUAAUGUUUUGUUCUUUCA